GGGCCAAAGAGAGUCAAAAGGGUUCAUCUUACAGGACGAAUGGGGAAAUAACUGUGGACAUCAUUUAUUACAGUGCUCCUGUAAGUAGGUCUACAGUGCAACACUAUUGUAAUUACUCAUUAUUGUUACACUGUACCUACAGCAGUGACCAUAACCCUAAGUCACUUUUUAAACAAUUAUUUAGAAUAAAGUUAUUUUUUUAUUACAAAUUAUUUAACAUACAAUCACUUCUUAAUAUGUGUAGAUUUCUUAUAGAUUAUAAUCAACCUCUAUACUUCUAGAGAAAACUACAAUACAGCCCAAUGGCAGCCCAGUUACCAGGUUUGGAACAGAAUACAGAACCUUUUCCAGGUUUGGAACAGAAUACAGAACCUGUUCCAGGUUUGGAACAGAAUACAGAAGCUGUUCCUGGUUUGGAACAGAAUACAGAACCUGUUCCAGGUUUGGAACAGAAUACAGAAGCUGUUCCUGGUUUGGAACAGAAUACAGAACCUGUUCCAAGUUUGGAACAGAACACAGAACCUGUUCCUGGUUUGGAACAGAAUACAGAACCUGUUCCAAGUAUGGAACAGAACACAGAACCUGUUCCAGGUUUGGAACAGAAUACAGAACCUGUUCCAGGUUUGGAACAGAAUACAGAACCUGUUCCUGGUUUGGAACAGAAUACAGAACCUGUUCCUGAUUUGGAGCAGAAUACAGAACCUGUUCCAAGUAUGGAACAGAACACAGAACCUGUUCCUGGUUUGGAACAGAAUACAGAACCUGUUCCAGGUUUGGAACAGAAUACAGAACCUGUUCCAGGUUUGGAACAGAAUACAGAACCUGUUCCUGGUUUGGAACAGAAUACAGAACCUGUUCCUGGUUUGGAACAGAAUACAGAACCUGUUCCUGGUUUGGAACAGAAUAAGCUACAUCGGAUGUAAAUGGAGCUAUGCUUGCAAAGACUGACAGCCCAGGAGAUUGGCAUGAUUGUCACAUCCUGACCAGUGAAAGAGGUCAUUUGCCAUAGUAGUAUGGUCAGGGCGUGGCAGGGGGGUUUGUUUUGUAUAUAUUUUGGGUUUUCUGUUCCUAUGUGGGUUUUUCUAGUAUUCUAUUUCAAUGUUUUGUUUUCCAUGUUUUGGCCGGGUAUGGUUUCCAAUCAGAGGCAGGUGUCUUUCGUUGUCUCUGAUUGGAAGCCAUACUUAGGCAGCCUGUUUUCGUUUGGGGUUUGUGGGUAGUUGUUUUCCGUUUUGUCUGAGUACCUUACAGAACUGUUGGCUGUCGUUUUGUGAUUUUGUUUAAGUGUUCUCAUAAAAUAAAGUAAGAAUGAGCACUCU